AUGCAGCGAUUAAUACGUCCUCGCCCUUUUGCCAGUCAGUUCAACACCGUGAAGGUUAUUUCGCGUCAGCAUUCUGUUUCAUCAUUGACAACAGGUUCAGUAUCAUCUAUUCCCUACGUUACGGUCCCGCACCCAGACAUUGCCUCUCAUCAAACUCACCUCUCUACUAUCGAUCAACAUCUCCAACGCGACGCCAUUAUCCACAUCAAACUUGACUUCGAUGACCACGAUAGCAACUACAUCCAAUCCCUCGUGAGAGGCCUUCACAAAACCAAUGGUCACGGCCUACCGAUCACUCACAGUGCUGACCGAGGAUGGAUGUGGGACAUUCGUCCAACACCGGCAAGUCUUCAACAUUGCCAGGCUCGAUCCGAAACAAUGAACGAAUUCCCCUGGCAUACGGACUGCAGCUACGAGAAAUGUCCGCCGCGGUUUUUUGCCUUGCAUGUUCUUCAACCGGAUACAUGUGGCGGUGGUACUUUGUCUGUUUUGAAAGUUGAGCAGUUGCUCGCUCUGCUCUCGCCAUUCGCUAAAAAGUGGCUCUUCGCCCCGAAUUAUCGAAUUGCCGUCCCACCCGAGUUCAAGAAAAGCCCAGAGGAUCAAUAUAUCGUUGGGGGCUUACUUGCGACAAGUGCAGAUGGAAAGACAUCUCAACUUCGUUUUCGUGAAGAUAUCAUCACCCCGCUGGAUAAACAGGCCGCGGAAGCCUUGGAGGAGCUAAAAUCUGUUCUCCUUGGGCCAGCUGCCAAUGCAAAUACUUUACACCUGACGGCCCAAGAUUUAUCUCGAGGAUCGAUCAUUCUCAUGGAUAACCGUCGCUGGCUACAUGCGCGAAAUCACGUCAAGGAUCCGAAUCGACAUUUACGACGAGUUCGGUGGGAUGCAAGAGCAUUCGGCGCUUCUUCAUUUGCACCCUGA